UGACAUGCAUGUCAGAGAGAAAAAAAAUGAAAUGUUAAAAGUGAAAAAAAGAAAUGUUUCUCACGCUAAUACAUGAUGGUGUGAAGAAUCAUUGGCAGUCUUUUUUUAGUUUUGUUUUGUUCUUAAAAUUACUGCCCCUUUCUCUCAUAGAAAGCAUUAUCCGAGGGGGGGGGGGGGGGGGUGGCGAAAUUGAAAAAAAAAAAACGUUAAACACCCUUUGGGUAUAGCAAUUGGUUGGCUUUUAUACCCUAAGAGAUAACAGAAUCGGAAAAAAACGUUAAAAAACCCCUUAGGAUUUGCAGUCGGUCGAAUUUUAUACCCUAGAGAGAGCGAAAUCGAAAAAAAAAAAAAACAUUCAACAUCCGCCUUGGCAGUUGAUCGAAAUAUUGCAUACCCCAAAAAGAUGUGGUAACCCUGUGUAAAGCUUCCACUUCGGAGAUUGCGUGACACUAAGAACGUCGCCUAUCAGACCGGCAAAAUCCAGGCAAACACAACCAGUUGAGAAAUGUCAUCAAGCAAGGUGUAUGAUGUCUGUGUAGUAGGUGCUGGAGUAAUGGGAAGUGCCACAGCCAGGCAAUUGGCUCAGAAUGGCCAGGAAGUUCUCCUGUUAGAACAGUUUCCCCUCCCUCAUUCGAGAGGGAGUUCCCAUGGACAGAGCAGGAUAUUCCGGACACUGUACUCUAACCCAGUGUUCGUCAGAAUGGCCAGAGAUUCAUUGGCCAUUUGGAAGGACAUUGAACUUCACGCAAACGAAGAAAUCUACAUCAGAAAUGUGGGCUUGUUGUCAGUGGAAGAGGCCCCUGGUCUUACUCUAAAAAAAGAUGCACAAAACCUUAAAGAUUUGGGGAUUGGGCAUGAGGUAUUGUCACCAAGUGAGCUAAGAAAGAGAUUUCCCAGCCUUCAAUUUGACCCUGGGUACAGUGCUGUUCUUGAAAGGUCUGCAGGAGUGAUGAGGGCUGAUAAAUGCUUAAGAGCAUUGCAGGAACAGUUUAUUCGCUUUGGAGGGUCUUUGAAAGACGGACAGAAAGUCUUGUCAAUACAACCAGACGGAACUGGUGUUACAAUCAAAACCUCAAUUGAAAACCACAGAGCUAGAAAACUAAUAUUGACUGUAGGCCCUUGGACAAAUAACCUGUUGAAACCCCUUGGACUCUUGCUACCGAUAAGGGUAUAUCGGGCCCCUGUUCUCUAUUGGUCCAUUACCAAACCAGACGAGUACUCAUGGAAAAAUGGAUUUCCUUCCUUCUAUGAUGCAUCUCCAACUGGAAAACACAUAUAUUGCCUUUCUUAUCUAGAGUAUCCAGACAUGCUUAAGUUGGGUCCAACAGGUGAAGCAACUUCUUCUUUGGGCCUAAAGGGAAACGCUGAGCGUCGUGACAUGGAUCGGCAGGAUAUAGACCAAUUUAUUAAAUCUGCAGGUGCUUAUGUAAAAAAGCACUUCCCAUAUUUGGAUCACAAAGGACCAGCUAUAGUGGAAAUGUGUUUGUAUUCAAUGACCCCGGAUUCAUCAUUUAUUCUUGACAAGCAUCCUACCUUUGACAACAUCAUCAUUGGUGCUGGGUUCUCCGCACAUGGAUUUAAACAUGCUCCUGUGGUGGGACAAAUUCUAAGUGACUUGGCAAGGGACCAGACACCGGCCUAUGAUAUCACCCCAUUUAGAAUUUCAAGGUUCAAAGAAACUCAUACAGACACCAAGUCCAACCUGUAGCUUGGCAAGGGACCAGACACCGGCCUAUGAUAUCACCCCAUUUAGAAUCUCAAGGUUCAAAGAAACUCAUACAGACACCAAGUCCCACCUGUAGCUUGGCAAGGGACCAGACACCAGCCUAUGAUAUCACCCCCAUUUAAUCCUGAAUAUCCGGAGAGCCGGCUAGCAGGCUAAUCACGAAAAUAACCCUUACUGCCCCUGUCAUUCAUGGACAACGUGUUAUAUCAUUUAUUGGCGUUUUUAUCAUAUCUAUGUUUUUUUAUAUUUCAUUUAUGGGCGUUAUUACAAACAAGAAAAGCAAGGAUGGUCCAACUUAAUGCUUUUACACACACGCUAUAUUAUUUUUUAUCAUUGAUCAACAUGUCCCUUCAUGUUGAUCAAUAAUCUAUUAGUUUGAGUUGAUUUUCAAGUUAUUUUUUUCUAAUUCAAUACUUGAAAUAAAUGAAUAACAGUUAAA